AUGAGAAGAAUCAACCGUCGGUUGGUUUUGUUGUCGAUCGUACUCGUGUGUGAAGUGGUUAGUGUUUUCGGGCGACCGCAAGAGCAGAACACACCUGCCCACCAAUUAAAAGGUAACGCCUGGACAAGAAAACACAUUGAUUUUAAAUAUUAUGGACGACAAACGCAUGUGGAUAUUUUGAUAGGUAUCUGAAUUGUAAAUGUAAAAUAUUAUUACUUAUUUAAGUAUAUUUUACGAAAACUAAUAUAUUUUGAAAUCUACAUAUUUUUAUUACAUAUAGUAAUAUUUGAACGUUUUUAAACCAGUAUUACGCUAUUUCUAUAUAUUAUACAAAAAAAAACAAUUGGCCGUUUACGCUAAUGAUUAUUAUUUAAAUUUUAACGCCAUCGAAACGCAACAUGAAUAAUAAUAUGACGCGUCGAGCGCCUUAAAAUCAAGAUGCACGCGGAUAUGCUAUAUAAAUUGCCUAUAAAGUUUGCCGUCACGUUUAAUAAUACACGUCAAUAAUAUUUAAAUAUUGUAACUUCACACACAGUUAAUUUAAACUAUUCCUAAUCAAUUCUUCUUACACAUACUACCUAAUAUGAAUGUGAAAUCUAUAUUAGUUUAUCAUUUAUUAUAUAGGUAUUUUUAUAAAAUCCACAAGCGUUUGAUCCAUAGAAUAUAAAUAAAAAUAGUUGUAAACAUUAAUAUGAUUUUAUUUUUUUCAGAUGAUCUUGUUAACAGGUAUACAGCUUUUACUACAGCCACUCAAAGGUCUUUGGAAUCUGUGGAAAGUUAUUUGAGCACACCUAAAAACCAAAACGCAUCGAAUAUCAUAAAGAAAAAAGAAGACACCCGUUACGCUGAACCCGAUCCAUCGCUGAGACCUUUUUUCCAAUUCCUUUUGAAUUCAACUAAAAGAAAAAAACGUAAUUUAAUGAAAUCACCCGAUAGACGACUAGUAGAAGAUUUUAUAAAUUAUUCUAUGAAUGACCUCCGAAAUCCGGUUCGUGCUAAUUCUUUAGAUUCGAUUAUACUUGUUCAUUCUGACGAAACUCAAUCCCCAUCAUAUAAACACGAAUCUGAAACACAAUAUUUGCAAGUACCAAUUUAUACAAAAAUGUCGAAUCUCGAACCUACAGGAUACCAAGUGAUCUCGUCUAGUUCUUCUUCGGGUUCUAUGUAUCAGACAUCUACCCCAGAUCCGUAUACAAAUUGGCAGGAAACCCCAUUGAUUUUCCCUAAUAGUGAUAAAACACCGCCAACUACUCGUCCACCAUUUAUUUCGUCCGGCUAUUAUCCACCGGAAUACAAUAUUCCCGCUCUAGUCAAUGAUCAAUCACCUACAUUUGUAACACCCAUAGAACACCAAGUGCCCACAUUUAUUACACCCGUACAAUAUCAGGGUCCAACUUUUGUAACACCAAUAUCCGUUACUCAAACGCAGUUAUCGGAUGGUAAUCCUCCACCCACAAUAGUCAUAUUAGAGGAUAUUGAUACGGAAUCUGAACCGCCGCAAAGUGAUCCGAUAGUAGAACAAGAUCCCGUGGUUGCUGGAAGUGCUGGAGGGAGUACAGGGAGUAGUGGUUUGGCAGCUGCUGCCGUAGGCGCUGCUGCCGCUGGAACUGCUGCAACUAUAUUAGGAGCGGGAGCCGGAAUUGUCGGAAUUUCUGGAGGGGCAGCCGCUGCUGUAGCUCUAGGAGGAUCUGCGGGUUCAGGAGGUGGAGCUGGUGUGGGAGUCGGUGGUGGUAUGGGUAACACAGGGUCAUUAAUACCCACACAAGAAGUACAAUGUCGGUCAGGUGGUAGUGCUUCAAAAGUAUGUUCUGAACUUAUCACGACUUCGUCAUCUCCAGCGAGUUCUAGUUCUUCAUCAUUUUUGGACGGGUUAAUUACUUUCUUUUCUGCUUUAAAUUUCAUCGGGCCUCUAUCCUUAAUUUUUUGGUCUAUGUUAUUCCCACCAAUGUCUAUAAUUCUGACCAGCGGUUUGGGUGUCUUGUCGUUUUUGUUCCCUUUUCUAUUGCCCAGGUUGUGGCUCGGUCGUCAACUCGGACACAAUUUUAAUAUAAAUCAAUUUGAUCGACAAUUUGACAAUACAAAUAAUUACCAUCAGCCAUAUUAUUAAUAAUAUUAUUAUUAGGUACUUUGUAAAAUAUUUUAAAUGAUUGUACAAUAAUAAUUAUUCACUGCACUCACUUGACUGUAAUUUUCCUUUCCUCGUUUGUGGGUUAAGCGAUCGCGGGUGUACAUCUUAAUUAACUGUAUUCGUGUAUAAAUAUUAAUAUGUGUAUUUAAUGUAUUAUUAAAUAUUAGUUUUAAUUUCCAGGCUGUGACGUCGUUAUUGCGAUAAUUUUGUACAAAUUAAUUAUGAUUAAGAUAAUUAUUUAUACGUAUAAUUAUGGUUAUGCGUGGUAACUAAAUCAAUAAAAUAUAAUCAUACUGUAACCUGACUUUUUUUUUUUUAAUCCGAUAUGAUAAAUAUAAUCAGUUAAAAUAUAUUGAUGACUUAUAUUUGCUUUUAUAGGAAAGAAGACACGGCAACACCGAUUGUGGUUUUCGCAGAGACUUCAAUCAAAGCAGGUGACGCCCGUUCUCAUACUACAAAAGCUCCACCAAUAGGAGAUUCCGUAAAAUCUGUUAGUGAUCAACUUCUCCAAACGUCCACAUCUACCAAUGUGAUUGUUUCAUCGGAAAUAAGAACGGUUCAAAAAAAUGAAACGCCUUUAAAAGGAGAAGCGGUGCCAGUACUUACUGAUGAUGAUGUUCACGCUGUCGGUCCAUAUAGUUACAAAAUUUCAUCAGACGGCUCGACGAGACCGACUGGAGAUUUGUCCACUUGGAUUCUUUUGGGUGGAGAAUCAUCUCCUGCGCCUUUAAAUAUGGCAACGAUUAAGAAAGUACCUAAACCAGCCGAUACAACUGCUUCUUCAUUUAUUCAAACAUAUGAUACUACUAGUACUACUAGAAAGAGGAAACCAACAACGACUACUGAAAAAAUUAGCACUUCUCAAUCAACUGAUUCUCCAAUAAAAUUACAAGAUUCUAAAUUUAAAAAUAAGACCCCUGUAAUUGUUGGUAAAAUACCUAUUACAACCACAAUAAAAGACAAAGUUGAAGAAUCUACAACUCCUCUUUCUGAACUACCUUCUCUUGAUAACAAUACAAGAUUUGGAACCCCUGUUGUCACUUUUCCUCAUGUACCUCCUAGACAAAGACCGUCUGCAAACAAUACCAAAAAAGCAGAAAAACCGUUGACAACUAAAGUAACUUCGACUGCCGUCGUUAUUUCUAAGCCUUUGUUUAAUAAUACCAUUCAAGUAUCUUCUACUACUGUACCUCCUACUUCUACUUCAUAUUCUUCGACUUCGGUUACAUCACAAAACUCUACAGAAAUGAUGCAAAAUGUUACAGAAUCAAAUAAUACUACUGCAAAGAACACUUCGUUGAAAAAGAAGAAAAAGAAGAAGAACAAGAAUAAGCGUAAACCAAUUAAAACUUCAAAUGAUGACGCGCAAAGUAAAAUUGACGAACAAAAUACUAAAAUAACAUCAGGUCGACCAUUAUCGACUCGAAUUUAUAACUAUUUAGCUCGUGAAGUUAUGCCCAACGUAGGUGUCGGUUUAGUAGGCUUAAUGUUAACAGCUGGUCUAGCAGGUUUGCUAUUGUACUCACCAUUAGGAGGAGCUGCUAUACCUCUGGUACCAUUAAGGCGUACUGAUCCUCAUGUUCAUGGCCAUAGCCAUGGAAAUGGGCCUGGAUAUAUACCACCUGAAACUGAUAAUUCUCAACCUGAAGAACAAGUAUUCGGACAAGUGUUGUCUGGAAUGUCUUAUGGUCAUAAUCCUUACGGUAGAGAGCGUCCUGAUGCAGUUCCUAAAUUCAAGCCAUCUUACCAAUCAGCCGAAUACCCUGCCGUUCAGGAUGUACCUAAAUAUAAUGCCCAUGACACUACUAAAUAUUCUGCGCAUGAUACAAAUAGUUAUGCAACAGCUGAUACACCUAAAUAUUCUGCUCAUGAUGCAACUAAAUAUGCAGCAGCUGACACUACAAAAUAUUCAACACAUGACGGAACUAAGUACGCAGUUGUUGAAAGUACAAAAUAUGCUGGACCCGAUUCUAAUAAAUAUUCCACUCCAGAUACGUCUAAGUACACAAAAAUUGACUUAAAUCCUCCCCAAGAAAAAUUAUCAUAUUCAUCUCUAGACACAUCACAGGGACCAACAUUUGAACAAUCCCUUGACAACCAAGAUCAGACUUACCAAAACCACCAAUAUGAACAACUCAAGUUUGAUUCAUCUAAUGCUUACGAACAACCUAAAUAUCAGAGUACUUCACAGGUAAAAGGAGCUUAUCAGGAAGAUCCAUCUUCUUUUGAAUCGCCCAAAUAUCCGGGUUAUGUCCAAGAUGUACCGAAAGAAGAAGCUGUUGCUGUAAACUAUAAUUUUGAAAACCACCGAGCAGAAGAAAAAGAAAGUUCCACCGCGUCGUCAGCAGAUCCUACAUUUUCCGCAUUACAAGGUGUACCAAAAUUCUAUGAUCCGAGUAUAAACUCUGAACAAAUAUCAGUGAAUGUACAUCAAACUAUGAAAAUGGAACAUGGACCCCGAAACUUAAGAAUAAGACGUCAAGUAGACGAACUUAAUGAAAUUGAUGCUCAAUUACCAGAAGAAACAACCUCAAAGCCCACCGAAGAAACUGUCGUUAAAACGACCGAAAAUCAGACGGAUGGUGAUAUAAUAUAUUCUACAUCUACAACGACAUCUACGACAACAUCUACAAUGGCUAGCUCAACCAAAACGACUCCAUCAUCAGAAUCACCUCCUACUAACAAUAAUCAAUUUUCAUUAGUUGACCUUUUAAGAAAAGUGGCUGAAGUAAAAUUGAAAAUGGGAAUUGAGAUCUUGAGAAACACAGCUGCCAGCUUUACGCAAUAUGUCAACGCCAUUCAGAGAAGAAUGACACAUAUGGUUAGAAAUCUACAAAAGUCCAAUGAAAGACAACAGUCUGAAAAUAAACAAGAACAAAUUAUUAAGCCUGAAUCCACUACAACCCAUGAAAAACGGCAACGAAGAUCAAUAAGACACAGAAUUUAUUCAAAUUAG